CUUACAGGAACCAGAAGCACUUGUCUUAUGAGCAGUCAUACAUAGAAAAGGAUCCUUUGUGUUGAGCGCUGAGUGCUGAUCUGUGGCUGAGAUGGUGCUUCACUGGUAGGACAAUAUACAGUUAUGAAUUUUACUGUGAAUUAAGGAUAAUGCCGCUUCUAAAAAUUCUGGGACAAAAUGGCAACGAAAGGGAAAGAGACAGAAGAUGACAUCUAUUGUGCCUGCCUGUCAAAAGCAUUAUGUCAGGUGGCUACACCUGUUACUGUUGGGUUAUAUGCCCCGUUCGGGGGCAGGGUAUACAUGCUGCUGGAUCGCAUAACAAAAUGCAUGCGGGAGGAAGCAUUACAUAUAACAGAAAAGGAAGAAAAAAACUUUGAGGAGACCACAGUUAAACCUACUGGAUGGGGCAUCCUACAUCUAUUUUGGCGUCUAAUUUUCUACUGCCCUAUUGUAACUGAACAUCAUCUAGAGCGCAAAAGUAUUAAGUUUAUAUUUGUACACUUCAGUGCUUGGCAGUAUGCAGGUAGUGACCGACUAUGGGCUGGCCUGGUCACCACACUCUGUGAGCAGAUACGACGGCACUUGGGAAUUCUUCCACUCAGUGUAUUUAAAGUCUUGGGUUCCAUACCUAAAAGAAACAUAGAAUCUGGCAAUAAAGAGUGGACCAUUAGAAAGAUGAUUUGCAUCAUACUGGCAGCCACCAUUGUCUUACUUCUCAUUGGAUUGAUCCUAUUGCUACCAAUCAAAACUAAAAGCAAUGAAGGUGAAGAGAGAGUCUCAACUGUUUUUGGAAGUUUAGCGACCGUAGUGGCUGGAUCCGGGAUUGCCAUGACGUUAUUUAACCUAACCAAGAGUAUUCUUAUUAGCCAAAAGCAGAAGAUUGAGCGACUAGUCAAUAGCCAGAAAUUUAGUUCUCAGAUGGGUUUCAUGUGUGAGGUAAAAAAAGAGGUUGAACUGAUAACCCACAUGGUUCAAUUCAUGGAAAUUUUCCAGAAGCAGAAGAUCCGUGUGGUCUUGCAGAUCACCAGCCUGGAGCUUUGUGCACCAGACAAAGUGGUUGGAGUACUGGAUGCUUUGAACACUCUACUGUCUGACCAGAGAUCUCCAUUUAUUUCUAUACUAGUAGUUGAUCCCAGCAUAAUUGUCACUUGCUUGGAGAGUGCAGGCUCCCUCAAAGGUAUGGCAGACAACGGCUACAUGUUCCUCAAUCGCACUGUCACUUUGCCGUUCUCUGUACCUCCUCUAGGCAAGAAAACAAAGCUGCAACUUCUAAGGAAGGCUGUACAGAGGACAGAGGAUCUCAUUGAUUGGCCUUGCAGGAAUGAUGCUAAUCGGGGCACCAAGACAGGUAUUGCAGAACCGAUGAAACUCCUUACAGAAGAGCUUUCAGAAGAUGAAGAACCAGAGGUGAAUCUACCACCUUAUCAACCAGCUUACUGCAUUCAGGAAACAUUUUAUGCUCUAUACAGCGAGCGUGAAGUUCUCCAUGAAUACAUUCCCGACAGCAUAUGUCAAAUGAAACGAAUUGUGAAUGCUAUUCCUGUUAUGGUCAACCUAAUGAUGCUGAGUAAAAUACCAUGGGGCAACAUGUCUUCUAAAUCUGUAGCAGCUUGGGUUGUUCUCUGCAAUCAGUGGCCUUGCAGACUAAGCUGGAUUCUUCAAUGUCUGGAGGAUGAAGAACAGCAGGGAUAUAAGGAAGGAUUCAGCAACUAUUUCCUCUGGGACGUGUUUAAGGAAAACAGCAAGGAACUGUUUUCCUUGAAAGCUGGUCUAAAGAACCUUUUGGACUUGGAUGGAGAUCCAGAGAUUUUCCAAAAGUUCCUUUCCCAAGACUUUCCUUUUACGGUUGAGGAAUCCAGAAGACUGAUGAAAUGUACGAUUAACUUAGAUUAUUCCAUAAAGCACAAAAUGGGUCUUCACCGUGGAAUUAACAAGCUUCAAAAUGACUGGAAGACGAUAACUGUAGAAAAUAAGACAGAGAAAAUAGAAACUGUGCAUGAAAAUGGCACAACAGAGGUCAAGGAGGUGGUUGAAACACAGGUUACUCAGUGUAACAAAGACUCUGGGACAGAUACAAACGAGGAAAGAAGUGAGUGUGGGAAAGAUAUACAUAGGUGUAGAGCAGAGGUACAUCAGGAGAGUGGAGAACAUGUAUCUGGAAUGAUGCAGGCAAAAGACACUGAAAGUAGGAAAGCAGAACCUGUGUAUGAGGAGGAGCAGGCCAAAGGACAAAUGUCUUUGGAGCAGAAUAUAGUAAAAGAAAUGUUAGUGAAUAAUGAAACAUUUAGUGAGAAGGACAGUCUUUUUGGAGAAGAUUUACAAGUAGAAGGAACUCUGUGGAAAGACGGAGAAGACUGUAGGAUGCAAGUAAAAAAACAAUAUGAGAAAUUAAAAGAGGCACAAAGCAGAGAUCGGGAGACUGUACUGUAAUCUGAAUUUCUGUCCUCCUUCUGUACAGAAAAAGUGAGUUCCUUCUCCAUGUCUUGUGGGAGAAGGAAAUUGACAGCUGCCAUAUUGUGCUAAAAAAAAAGCAGAUGUGCCAUUUGUAAUGCAACGUUUUCAUGGUUUUAGAUAUGCAGCUUUUUCAGGUCUGGUGGAAAUGCUCCUAUAGACAAUAAAGGAGUUGCCUGAUUUAGGUAACCCAUGAUCAGAUAUGAAACAGAGGAGUCCCUCGAUUUUGUACUUCAUGAAUUACCUUAGUCCUCUUUCUCUAUUUCUAGAGGCUUCCGCGCAUCUUUGUGUUAGACACAACACGUUCAUCUUAUUGGACACCAUGUAAUGCUUUAAAGUGUAACUGCCGUUUCAUUUUUUUUAUUCCCUAAUGGUAUAGUACACCCUGCUGUAUAAGUGCUUUUCUGAUUUAAAAUUUGAUCAUUUUCAGUUUAACCUGCUAAUAA